AAUACGUAACAUGAUAACAAUCUACAAAAAGUUUGUCAUAUGAACGUAACACGCAAUGGGUGGUCGAUAGUUUCGAUGUUAUCGGAAUAGCCUGCUUUAGUUUACGUAUUGUUAUUAUAGAUGACACACGAAAUGUAAAUUUAAAAAAAAUGUGAAAAGAUAAUAUGAGGGUGCAUCCUGAACCGCUGGGACCACGCGUGAGGAACAAAUCGAACAGGACAAGCGGCGACGGAAAUGGAGAACGCUUCUCAUUGUUGGCUGCCAGUCUGCGUCAUCAGACAACAGAAUUCUUUAACAACUCUACAUUACAUGGCGUUCGUUACAUCGCAGAGAAGGAAAGACCUUUCUGUGAAAAGUUCAUGUGGUUUAGUUUUACAGCAGUAGGUGCUGUUACAACCUGCAUCAUUAUUGUCAGCUUGUGGGAGAAAUUUCAAACUAACCCUACUAUUACUGGUUUGGACACUGACUUUCACAACUGGGAUGUACCAUUUCCAGCAGUCACAUUAUGUGAUUUAAACCCAGUUGACGAUGAAUUGUUACAGGAAUACAUUGGAAACACAUGGGGUGCGGAACCUCCUGAAAAAGCAGCAGAUAUGAUGCGGUGGCUGGCAACCCUGAGCUAUACUAGCAUUGCGGAACAUGCCGCUAAAUACGCGGAUGAUCGUGAACUUUUAGGAAACUCAGAGAAUACUCCUACGGAGCCAUUUACUAACCCGAAAGAUGCAAUUUAUAAGGUUGUACGUCGGUGUGAUUCAUUAUUUUUUGAUUGCGAAUGGAAAGCAGACUCGGAGGAAUGUUGCGAUUUACUUGUCCCGGUGUUCACCGAAAUGGGUUUCUGUUACGCUUUCAAUUCCCGGCAUGCAGAGAAGACCUGGCCAUGGCAAACAGAAUCACAGCCUGAACAAUUCUCUGAAGCUUUUAUCCACGAGACCGAUGCAAAAUGGUCUUUUCUGUUCAACUCAUAUCGUAAUGAUACUAUAAUCGAUAUAUAUAUCCAUUCUGCGGAAGAAAUGGCCGGCCUAGAGCAAAGCGCGCAGCAUACAUGGGAUCGGCGAGUAGAGAAAGUGUCAUUUUCGGUCAAACACACAUAUACGACCGAAGAUGCCCGCCAACUAUCUAUACGACAACGUCGAUGUAUAUUCGCAGACGAACAGAAACUGGAAACUUCUAAUAUAUAUACAUAUUCAGCAUGUAUGCGCCAGUGCCGUAUGCAAAGAAGUCGCUUGUAUUGCAAAUGUGUACCACAUUUUUAUCCUCCUAUGAGAGGAUAUAAACAAUGUUCCAUUCAGGAACUAACAUGCAUCGCAAAACACGUGGCUGCCAUUACGGACGUAACACGGUGCCCUUGUGAGCUGGGCUGUUCACACACUGUGUAUGAAGUCGAGAAACUUACAGAAAUCGACACAAUGAAAAGUUUGGGAACAACCACAUCUUUGGAGACAGAAUUUGUUUCCUGGCCAAUGGUGCGCUACAAGAGAGAGGUGCUCUUUGGUUGGGUGGACUUGUUAGUAUCCUUUGGUGGUAUAGCUGGUCUCUUCCUGGGCUUCUCACUACUCUCAGGCGUGGAACUCGUUUACUAUUUCACACUGCGUGCCUGGUGCGCCGCCGUGAGAGAGACGGAUACAUUACGACGUGAGCGGGCAGAGAGACUCGCUCAACCUAAACCACCCCAUGAUCUCAGUCUAGUUCCAUGGUGGAAACAACCUCCAGGAAAGCGCUCACAUCGUCCAAUAAUGGUGCGUUCGAAAGGCGAUAGACCUCCGGAAUACUCGCCACCUCCAGGCUACAAUACUUACCUACCUUAAUGAGUUUCUUAUCGCUCUUUACUUACUAGAACAGACUAACGUUACUUAUUGCAUUUCUUUGUGGUGAUUCACGUGUA